AUGCUGUUGGCAGCUCCUCUUUCCGCUUACAUAAGUGACGAGUUUGGUCGGCGUCGAGCCUUUGUAACAUCAGCGUUGUUCUUUCUCCUGGGACUGAUCGUCCAGGUGUUCGCCCAUUCCUUUCGGCAGCUGGUGAUUGGCAGAAUCAUCGCCGGUGUCGGAGCAGGAAUAGGAAGCGGGGUCGACUCUGCUUACAUUGCAGAGAUCUCUCCAGCAGCCAACCGAGGUGAAAUGGUCGCAUUCAGCAGUUUGUUUGCAAAUGUUGGCAUCAUCUUGGGCCAUGUUGCAGCCCUCCUUGUGGCUGGCGCUGAAGAAUCCAUUCAAUGGAGAGGCAUGUUGGCUGUUGGGAUUGUCAUUCCCAUUGCAAUCAUUUCUACUACACUUACAGUGUUAUUGGAAUCGCCGCGAUAUUUGGUUUUGAAGGAAGAGUACCAAACUGCGUGGUUGGUUCUGCUAGAUCUGCACCCCAAAGGAGAAAACGUGCACGAAGUUGUGGAGGAAAUUGGAGAAGCAUUAGAAAGAGAACGCAUUGCGGAAGAAGAGAUCGGAUGGAGAACGCUGUUGAGGCCAACACCGGCCUUUCGUCGCAUGCUGCUACUUGGUUGGGGAAUGAGCUUCAUCAUGGAGAUUGUGGGCAUUGAUUCUAUUCAGUACUACUUGGUGGAUAUGAUCAAGGAGGCCGGCAUGGACACAAUGGUAGCAGGGAGCUUGGUCCUUGUUGGCAUCGGUAUCAUCAAAAUUCAGUGUAUUCUCAUCUGUUCCAAACUAGUUGACCGGGUUGGACGACGGUUCUUUGUAUUCCUAUCAUUAUUUGGCAUGGCGUUUUCCCUAUUCCUGGUGAGCCUGAGUUAUUCGCUCCCUCAAGGCAAUGCUCACUUGAUUACAGCGCUUGUGGGGAUGACUUUCUAUCUGGCAUCCUAUGGUAUUGGGAUUGGUCCAGUAAGCCGCAUGGUCACCAGCGAGGUUUUUGCUACAGGUAUUCGCGCGAAAGCUAAUAGUGUGGCUGUUGUGAUCAACGCGGCAACGGGAACGCUAAUGGCUUCUACAAUGCUGAUCACAGUAAACACCAUCACGUGGCCUGGGUAUUUCACCCUGGUUGCUUGGAUCUGUUUGGCGAUCGCAGGGAUCCUUUACUAUGCGCUCCCUGAAACUACCGGACAUUCCCUCGAAGAGAUGUCCCUGUACUUCGCGGAGAUUACUGGCGACUUUAGUGUCCUAGACGCUAAGCGUUCGGUGCGGGUAGCCCCACAGCGGGUGCAGUUGUCUGCUGACGAGUCAAUCAGGAGCUUUUCAAGGAAAUGA